AUGAUGCUCACCUCCGCGUCGCAUCGUCGACACACGUUCAACGAUCUCAAUUCUCCCCAUCUUCAACUGUCGUCGAAUCUCGUCGGUAGCACCCAGGGCGUUCAGAACUCUCACCAGUGGAUGGUCAGACACUAUCCAGGACAACAGCUCGUUAUACCGGAUUCGAAAACGUGCGAUCAAGGAUCUGUUCUGGCGGAGAGUAUGAUUGUUCCGGUCUCGCGUCCUCUCUCACCGCUCCUUUCACCCACGAGAUUGGACAUGGAUAAACUCGACAAGCGGCAUCGGUCGAGCUUGACGAGGUCCGUUUUAAAUCAGACGAUAGUAAUUGCGCACUGGUCACUGACUCAUACCUAUUCGGGUCCUUUCCAAUUCACAGACUUCAGUCUUUAGUCACCUUGUCGUUCGAAGGUGCAGAACUGAAGAAACAGCUUGAAGAACGUCAACGCGUCGAAGCGAAGGAGAUGGCUGCUCGCGAUCUUCGACGUCGGCAGACACUGGUUCCCACGGCAAGCGAGCCCGUGCCGAAGGAUGAUGAGAAGCCUCGUAAACGUGUACGAGGCGUUCCCCCUCCCAAGCAUCAAAAAAUUCGACCACCUUUCUUGGCCUCCCUCUUCUCAUGCUUCAAGAGCAAUUCCACCUCCGCCACGCGAGAGGAGCCUCAAGACACCCCUGGAACAACACCCCUCGACGCGCCAAGACUCAACACCUCCUCAUCAAUUGACGAGAAAGAACCCCUCCCCAACUUGAACUAUUCACGCGCAAGCUUACGGCCCCACCUUGCCUCCACGCAUUCGCGUACCGACAGUCUCGAACAAGUCGUCGUCGAUUGGCGCGCCUCGAGAAGAGCUUCGUCGACCCCCGCUGCAGGCGUUCGAUCCCCUUUCGCCCCCCUUCCCAACUCUACGAUUCGCUCGAACGUCCCUGGCUCGACGACAAAUCCACCUUCGGCGACCAAGAAGCCUUCGAAGCAUUCCUGGCUGGAUUAUUAG